AUGGAGCUUGCAACUUUCAGCGCUGUAGUUCUGAAGAAUUUCGAGGAUACCGGGCGAGGUGUUGCUGUAUCACAGGACACAGAGGAAGGUGACGUUCUGCUUGAAGUUCCUCUGGAGCAUUGCUGGACAGCCGCAAACGCCAGGAGUUCUCUGGGCCUGGAGGACCUCAGCGAGAAAGAGGCAAUCCUGGUCCACCUUAUGGUCGAAGCAUCCAAAGAUGAGCCAUCGAAGCAUCUGAAGCAACUUCCCAGCCUGGAGUCCAUGGCACUGCCAAAUUUUUGGGCGGAACAGGAGCUAGAGGAGCUUGAAGGAAGCGAGGUGCACACGCAUGCGAUGCGGCUUAAGGAGGAGCUGCCAGAAGAUUUCUCUCGGCUCGAGCAGAAGCUGAGUUCAAGUGAGUUCGCGCAGACCUCCAGCAUCAACUUUGCAAGCUAUCAGUGGGCCUGGAGCAUUUACUCCUCAAGGGUCAUGUCCCUAAGCGUUAAUGAGAGCAGCGCGCUCUUCGCCAUAGUGCCGGGCCUUGAUAUGUUCAAUCAUUCUCCAUCGAUGGCACCUGGGCUCUUCAAGCUGGAUGCUACCCGCAAUGUAGUAGUGGUCAGGGCAGGAGCGCGACUAGCAGCCGGUGAUCAAGCCUUCAUCAAUUAUGCCCACCCCAUGUUCAACAGCCAGAUGUUUCUGUCCUUCGGUUUCCUCCUUCAGGAGGAGAUUCUUCAAAGCUCUGAGAUCACACUCUCCCUCCAGGUCUCUCCAGCCAAGCUGGCUGUGUGGCUUGGCCGAUUUCAGGCCUUCGGAGUGCAGGGAGAGGGAGGGCACGAGCGGCUUCUUGAUGCCUGCGACUCUGGCUGCCAUCAGGUGCUGCACCGCCCGAACAGCCCUUUCUGUGAUGCGGAGGAGCUUAUCGUCCGGCACACGCUGAACCUGAAAGACCCACUUCCACGUGCUUUCGUGGGGAUGGUCCGUGCCCAGCACCUGCAAGGAGACCCACUCCCCUCAGCGUCUGCAUCUUGCAUAAAUGGACUCCUUAAAGCCAAAGACGAGAUGCGAAGCCUGCUUCUGAUCUCGAUGCUCCUAAACGGCAAAACCUCUGAGCUGCGUGGCAGUGACGAGGAGGACCGCCAGGAGCUCUCUGGGCCGCUCCCGCAAAGGCGGCGGUUAGCACUGCUCCAGCGAUGUGGAGAACGUGAAGUUCUGCAAAGGGCAGCUGCAGAGGUGGAGCGACUGCAGCUGGCGUGUGUUCGUGGUGCAUUACGCAGUGUGACGACUGCGGAGAAGUGUAGCUGGGCAUACGGCAGCCUCUUGGCUGCUGUCGAUCAGCUUAGAGCCCAGGUGGCUUCUGUAGCCAGCCUCAGCAAGAACCUUUUCGACCGGCUUCCUGCUCCCCAUUUGCUGCAGUCCUGCCACCUUAUCAACCUCUGGGUAGUUGGCCUCCUUUGUCCAGACACAGUUGGGCUUGAACGGCUUCGAUUGGCCACCACCACAUGGCCCUUGGAGUUGAAGGGCGAGACGAUGCGUCAACCAGAGGUUUGGGAUGAGGACGCUUCCGAGUACUCAGCACUCUACGUGCAAAAGCUGCGGCUCUGGGGCUCUUGGCUUUUCGGCUUGGCAGUUCAGGGAAGUCAGGUUUCAGGUAAUGUGGCAGAUGUCGUGCUCCUGUCCCAGUGGAUGCACGCAGAAGCCAUUGUGCCGGAUGAGCUGAGCUCCAUGGGCGCAGAGCAAAUUUCCAUCCGUCAGAAAUUCGCGUGGAGCGUGCCUACCACUGAAGCCUUGCAGGCUCUUUCAGGCCGGCAGCCUUUGUUGGAGGUUGGUGCUGGUUCAGGCUACUGGGCAGCCUUGUUGAGGCAGCGGUCCGUGGAUGUCUUGGCCUAUGACUCAGCCAUCGACCCUAAGUUCAAUGCUGCUGCGGCAGCCGGUGAGUCUCAGGAAGCUUUCUGCGAGGUGCUUCCAGGGGGCCCAGAGGUGGUGAAGCAGCAUCCAGACAGGACUCUGGUCUUGAUGUGGCCCGACUAUCUGGGCCUUGGCACAUUUGGCCUUGAGUGCCUGCGGGCCUACGAGGGACGUGAGCUGAUCCUUGUGGGUGAGUGGCAGACGAGUACUUUCGGAUCCUAUGCGCCUGGCAUCAAGGGUCACGGCCAAUCCUUUUCCGUUGACUUUCAGGAAGCAGUUGAAAGGGACUUCUGUCUGGCUCAGACGAUCGAGUUGCCCAGGUGGCCCUUGUUCCUGGAUUGCUUGCAAAUCUUCCGGCGGCGGUAA